GAUGGCAAUAUGGCUGUAGCUUUCGAGUUUCGCUGGCAGUGAGCGGUGCUCGAACAUUUCUCGUGUAGGACUACUGUAUCCGACGGUUUCAAAGUUUCAUUUUUGAUUUUUUUAGUAGUCAUUGUUUCUGUUUACCUCAAUUUGUUUAUAGUUUUGUGGCAAAAAUAUAGUUUUUCAUUACCGUCGUCACCAGAAUUCAUUCGUCGACAAAAUGGCGUCGCUUGACAAGAUUUUACUGCAGAAUAUUUUUUCACAUUUCAUUGUCUUAUUAUAAAAAUAUGAAGAAAAAUGUUGUAAUAUAUGUUUUAUUAGAAGUUUUUUCAAUGAAUUAUUCAGGUUUUGCUAUAUUUGGUCUAUAAUUAUAUAAGUAACCGUGUAUUCCUGCAAUUUUCUACAAAAUGCGCUUGAAAGGUUCCAUGCAUGAGUCUGAAAGUGAUUCGACUAGUGAAAAGGGGGAGAAGACUGAUUCAAGCGGAUCUGGAUCUGGAAGUGAAAGUGAUAGCGGGUCAAGUUCCUCUGCAUCAGGCUCCCAACGAUCAGGUUCCGAUAAGUCUGCAGAGGAUAGAUCACAUCACAGUGACGAUACAAAAUCAUCACCAAAGCACAGUAAUGCAAAUUCCUCGAAAUCUGAUCAGCAUACAGAUAAAAAUUCUUCAGAUGAUGAUUCUCCUUCAAAAUCGAAAUCACGAAGUCAUAGUAAGGUGAAGUCAGACCUAUGGGAGGAAAACCCAGAUAUCUAUGGCAUCAGAAGAUCUGGACGCUCCCGAAAAGAACCAGAUAGGUUAAAAUUGGCAGACAGUGAUUCCAGUGAGAGAGGCAGAACUCACAGAAGUAAAAGCAGAAAGAAAAGUGAUUCAUGGAAUUCAGACACAUCAGAGAGUGAUAGUGAUUUAGGAGGUUCUCCACCUCCACCAUCAAAGCGACCAGGCCAAAGAAGUAUACCUCUUAGGAAAAAGAAACCAGCUAGAAGAAGAAGAUUCACUAGUGAAGAAGAUGAAAGUUCUGAAGGUUCUGAUGAUGAAACAAAAAGUCGAACAACAACAAGACGUACAGGUGCUGCUGUUAGCUAUAAAGAAGCUAGUGAUGAACAAACUGAUUCUUCUGAUCUUUUGGAGGUGGAAGGUGUGGAUGGCGAGGCGGAGGCUGAACCAGAACCAGAAGAUCACAGUGAAACUAUAGAAAAAGUACUUGGAAUUCGACGAGGGAAGAAAGGAGUCACUGGGAAUGUGACUACAAUUUAUUACAUAGAAGAGCAUGGGGAUCCUAAUGAAGGCUGUGAUCCUAAUGAUGAUGAGUUGAGUGAACCUCAGUACCUGAUCAAAUGGAAAGGCUGGUCACAUAUUCAUAAUACCUGGGAGUCUGAAAAGUCUCUCCUUGAACAAAAAGUCAAAGGAAUGAAGAAAUUAGAAAAUUACAUAAAAAAAGAAGCUGAACUAUCAUGGUGGAGAAGGCAAGCUGGUCCAGAAGACAUUGAUUAUUAUGAAUGUCAAUCUGAAUUACAACAGGAAUUAGUAAAAACAUACAACAAUGUGGAAAGAAUAAUAGCUGAACAAAGACGAGAAUUAGAAUCUGGUGGAACAGCACAUGAAUAUUUUUGUAAGUGGGAAUCUCUGCCAUAUUCUGAGGCAACUUGGGAGGAUUCCAGCUUAAUAGAGAAAAGAUGGCCAGUAGAAGUAGAGCAUUUUAAAAGUAGAGAAGCUGCCAAAUGUACCCCCUCAAGGCACUGUCCUGUUUUAAGAAGAAGACCAAAGUUCCAUCAGGUGAAAGAACAACCUGAAUACAUGGGAAAAGAUCCGAGUUAUGUUUUGAGGGACUAUCAAAUGGAUGGAUUAAACUGGUUGAUACAUUCCUGGUGUAAAGACAACUCAGUCAUUCUUGCCGACGAAAUGGGUUUAGGUAAAACUAUACAGACUAUUUGCUUUUUAUAUUACCUUUUCAAAUCACAACAACUUUAUGGACCAUUCCUAUGUGUGGUGCCAUUAAGUACAAUGACUGCUUGGCAAAGGGAAUUCCAGCAAUGGGCGCCAGACAUUAAUGUUGUCACUUAUAUUGGUGAUCUGACCAGCAGAGAUAUUUUAAGACAAUUUGAAUGGAGUUUUGCUAGUUCGAAAAGACUGAAAUUCAAUGCUAUUCUAACCACAUAUGAGAUUUUAUUAAAAGAUAGACAAUUUUUGAGGUCAUUCAGCUGGGCUUGCUUGCUGGUUGAUGAGGCUCAUAGAUUAAAAAAUGAUGAUUCAUUGUUAUACAAAGCUUUAAAAGAAUUUGAUACAAAUCACAGAUUACUUGUUACUGGUACUCCAUUACAAAAUUCAUUGAAGGAGUUGUGGGCUCUUUUACAUUUUAUAAUGCCUUACAAAUUUGAAUCUUGGGAGGAAUUUGAAAAAGAUCAUGAGGAUGCAGCAACAAAAGGUUACGAAAAGUUGCACAAACAGCUAGAACCCUUCAUUUUAAGAAGGCAGAAAAAAGAUGUUGAAAAAUCUUUGCCUGCCAAGGUGGAACAAAUCUUAAGGGUAGAAAUGACGUCGAUUCAGAAACAAUAUUACAAGUGGAUUCUUACGAAGAACUACAGCGCUCUGCGUAAGGGCGUCAAGGGUUCCAUCAAUACGUUUAUUAAUAUUGUGAUAGAAUUAAAGAAAUGUUGUAAUCAUGCAUUAUUGACGAAACCUGAAGAUUUCGAAUCGCGAGCGUCGCUUGCCACUACAGAUGCCGUUGAGAAAUUACUGAGAGGUUCAGGGAAAUUGCUCUUAUUAGACAAACUGCUGUGCAGGUUAAAAGAAACAGGACAUAGGGUCCUUAUAUUUUCUCAAAUGGUGAGGAUGUUGGACAUUUUGGCGGAGUACUUGCAAAGGAGGCAUUUCCCCUUUCAACGGCUUGAUGGCAGUAUAAAGGGAGAAUUGAGGAAACAGGCUCUUGAUCACUUCAAUGCUGAAGGUUCGCAGGACUUCUGUUUUCUGUUGUCCACUCGCGCUGGUGGUUUGGGUAUAAAUCUCGCUACUGCCGAUACUGUGAUAAUUUUCGAUUCUGAUUGGAACCCCCAAAAUGACUUGCAAGCUCAAGCGCGUGCACAUCGUAUUGGACAGAAAAAUCAGGUCAACAUUUAUAGGUUAGUUACCGCUAGAUCUGUAGAAGAGGAUAUUGUUGAGAGGGCGAAACGGAAGAUGGUUCUGGAUCACCUUGUCAUCCAGCGGAUGGACACCACUGGUAGAACAGUUCUCAAUAAGCGCGAAGGCUCCGCAACCACCGCGAAUAAUCCUUUCAACAAGGAAGACCUGAACGCCAUAUUGAAAUUUGGAGCUGAGGAGUUGUUCAAAGAUGAUGAAGAAAAUGAUGAGGAUCCUGUCUGUGAUAUUGAUGAAAUUUUGCAAAGAGCUGAGACGCGGGAUGAGGUGCCUUCUAUGACGGGAGAUGAACUACUCUCGGCAUUUAAAGUCGCCAGUUUUGCUUUUGACGAAGAGAAAGCUGUUAUGGAGGUCAAAAAAGAUAAUGUCGAAGAAGAGAGCAAAGAUUGGGAUGACAUUAUUCCUGAAAAUGUGAGAAAAACGAUAGCAGAAGAAGAAAAAAUCAAAGAGAUGGAAGACAUAUACUUGCCGCCGCGACGAAAGAACACGCAGCAGAACAAUGCUGACAGCAGAAGCGGUCGCAAGCGGCGUGGUCGCAGCUCUGGCGACGGCGCGGAGGGCGGCGACGGCGGCGACGGCGACGCGGACGACAGCGACGCCAGCGACGCCGACCACAGCGACGGCGACGACCGCCCUCGCAAGCGCGGCCGCCCGCCCGCCUCGCAUCGGGAGAAGAUCAAGGGCUUCACCGACCAGGAGAUUCGUAAAUUCGUUAAGAGUUAUAAGAAAUUUUCGGCACCUCUCAAACAUCUGGACAGUAUAGCGUGUGAUGCAGAACUUCAAGAAAAGCCUCUCGCUGAGCUGAAAAGGUUAGGCGAGAUCUUGCAAGAGAGGUGUAAGGCUGUGCUGAAUGAAACAGAAGCACCAAGUGAGCAAAACGAGGGUCGCAAAAAUAACAGGAAAACAUUUAAACUUGGUGGUGUCCCUGUGAAUGCUAAGACAUUAGCGGCGUGUCAAAAUGAGCUGGCGCCUUUGGAUGAUUUUCUACCUGAUACAAAAGAAGAGAGGCUAAAAUGGCAAUUAGAUUUUAGGACGAGGCCAGCGAAUUUUGAUGUGGAAUGGGGCGUUGCAGAAGAUUCAAAGCUGCUCGCUGGCAUUUAUCAGUAUGGUAUGGGAUCAUGGGAGGCUAUAAAAAUGGACUCUUCCUUUGAAAUAGGUGAUAAGAUCCUAACCAACGAGGAUAAGAAGCCUCAAGCAAAGCAUUUACAAUCUAGGGCAGAAUAUUUGCUAAAACUUAUAAAAAAAUUACUUGAUCAGAAAAAUGGUAAACAAAAACAGAAAAAACCCCGCGUUAGACGAGGUAAUAAAGAACCAGUCACUAAAGACAUUGUCGAAGACGACAUGAGUUCUGCAGAUGACGGCAAAAAAGGAAAGAUUGGCAAAAACGACAAAGGGGACAAAGGAAAAUCGAGGAUGGAAGAUUUAUUAACACAUGAUGAAACUUCUAAUGAUCGGAAAGAAAAAGACAAAAAACGAACGAAGAAGGAGGGCAAAGAUCGGACUAAAGGUGAAAAGUUGAAAGGACGGAAGAAGCCGGCGGGUCCCAUGCAUUUCACAGCCAAUAGCGAGCCCCGGGCGCUUGAGGUUUUGGGCGACCUCGAUCCUUCCGUUUUUGAAGAGUGUAAAGAGAAAAUGAGGCCUGUUAAGAAGGCUCUUCGGGCUCUCGAUAAUCCUGAUCAAACUUUAUCAGAAGCGGAACAAGUUUCUAGAACGAGGGCGUGUCUUACCCAAAUUGGAAAUCAAAUAGACAUUUGUCUGAAGGCCUAUCCAGAUGGUGAGAAAAAAGUGGAAUGGAGGAGUAAUCUCUGGUAUUUUGUGUCGAAGUUUACUAACUUUGAUGCGAAACAGUUGUACAGGUUGUACAAGUAUGGACUAAAGAAAAAUGAAGCAUCAAAACAAAAGGACGGAAAACACAAGGAAAAUGUUAGGGCAAACAACAGGAAUAAUCACAAGACAAAUAACCAUGUGCCACACAAAAGAAAUGCUAAAUCAACUGAAGCAACAGAAAAAAAAGAAAAGAGACCAAAAAUAGAAAAAGAAAAGUCUGAAAAAUCUAAUGAUAAAGUUCCACAGUCUUCAGGAACAAAAAGAAAGCUGGAAGAAGGUGAAUGUGAUCCAGAGCCAAAUGAUAAUAAACGCCACGAAAGACAUAAACUCAAGCACAAGGAUCGCAACCGUAAAGACGGAAGUUUGAAGCAAGACGAUUUGAUGUACAGAGACCGGAGCCGAGUUGAACGAGAUCGUGAUCGCGAUCGCGAUCGUGACCGGGAACGGGAUCGAGAGCGAGAUCGUGAGCGAGAUCGAGACCGAGACCGAGAGCGAGACCGGGAACGUGAUCGAGAAAGAGAUCGCGACCGGGACCGCGAUCGGUCGCGGACACGGCGCGACAGUGGCGGUGUGGGGCCGCCGCGCGUGCGCCCGCCUUACGCCAUGCCGCAUGCGCACGCCGAGCACACGCCCGCGCACCCCGCGCACCCGGCGCACCCCGCGCACGCCGCGCAUGCAGCGCAUCCCGCCGCCUGGACGCCGCCCGCCUAUCCCGGCCCGCGACAGUACCGCGCCGACCGGAAUUCGAGGCAACACGAUAAGAGAAGCAGGUACGGUUUUAGCACAAUGCCUGGCCCGUACAGUGCAUACUACGAGGGCGCCACGUCGAUGGCGAGCGGCAUGGGAUUCCCGCCGGUGCGGCCUUACCCGGACGAGUGGCGUGCCUACGUGCAACCUGAGUACGGGUACGAGGAGAGAGAAUACGAGCGCGAAGUGUACAGGAGAGAUUACGACCGUCGCGCUCCACCCACUUAGAACUCUACUCUCUUCACGAGCUUUGUAAAUAUUGUGUACAUUGUAAAUAAUUGUUAGGGAUCUCUAACUUCGGAGUGUAAGUGACAAAAUAAAUAGUGCUGUGGUUUUUAUCUAAUGAUAAGCGAAACGCAUCGAUUUGACUCUCAAGAAACAUUGAUAAAAUUUUGUGAUUGUGUUAUUUUAAGUGAGACUGUACAUACAGUAAAGUUAUUUAUUGCUGAAGCUAUUGAUUGUCUAUUGAUUGUUGGUGUACAGAUUGUAGACAAAUACCAUUAAUUUUAUAAUAAUGAAUUUUCUCGCCGAUUCUUCUGAUUUUAUGUUUAAAUUCAAUGUACUAUUUAUUUGAUGCCUCAACGUUAGAAUAUUUUGUAUUUAAUUUGACAGAAACAGGUGAUAUAAUAUAGGUCGUAUUAAAUGUACAAAAAUUAGCAAUUGUUUGUAGGUUUGCAUGUAAUUAUAAAUCAUGUGCAAUUUAAAGAAGCAUGUGUAGCUGAAGAGGGGCACAUCAUCUUCGACAUUGCAUUUUAGCAGUGUACAGGAGAGUUUGAUUUGUACAUUAAUUUCUUAUUCUAUGUGCAUUUCUGAGUCAUUGAGACUCGGUAACAGUCCUAUUUUUAUACAUUAUGUAAAGUCUUAUUCUCUGUUACAUACAAAAGAAUGUAAUAAGAGUGAAAGCGUCUUAAAUGGUAUAUGCCAUGAUAAUAAGUAAAUAAAUAAACAUAUUAAAAGUUA